CCCAACACUGGUUCUACACCUACACCACAAGUGAAUUCCAGCGUUUCCAGGGAUCCUUGCCAAGUAAGACCCUGUGGAGGUGGUGCUGCCUGCGUUAACCUGCAUAACAACACGUUCUGCCUGUGUGCGGAAGGGUAUUACUACGGCAUUUCCUCAUGUCUGAAAGGAAAGACAUUCCCUGGAGAGAUUACAGUACGAGUCCUAAAUACAACUGGGUUGGACAAUAAGAAUUCUGUAGGCUAUGAACACUUACAUGAUGAAAUAAUUAGCUUCUUUCAAAAUGUAUUUGGCCAUUCUGAUUACGGACAGACUGUGAUUCUUCAAAUGAGCUUACGCCCUUCUCUGUCAGGAAGAUCUGAAAUGCGUGCUGAUAUGAAGCUUGUUGAUGCUUCAGUAAUAAACAUUUUAAAAGAGAAUACAACUCUAACUGAAAAAGAUGUAAAUGAUGAGAUUGAGAAGGCAGUCAAGAAAAGCAAUCUUAYACAAAGCUAUAAUCCUCUUGAGUGUUCUGCAAACUGCAGUUCGGAGUUUAAUAAGCAAUGCAUAAAGAAGGAGAACAAAGAGCUUCAAUGCGUGUGCCUGCCAGACUUCGAGAGAGAUGCUAAUGACGUCUGUCAAGCGUGUCCAUUUGGCUAUGGUGGUGUGGACUGCAAAGACCAGUUUCAGCUGAUCCUCACUAUUGUGGGCACCAUCGCUGCCGUCCUCAUUCUCGCCUUAUUGAUUUCAUUGGUCUUCUCCACAAGGUCAAAGAACAGAAAGAGUGAUAUUGAGGAAGAGAUCUUGAUUGACAAUGACUUUCAAAAUCUGAGACUGCAGUCGACAGGCUUCAGCAACCUCGGAGCUGAUGGAAACAUCUUCCCCAAAGUCAGAACCAUGGCUUCCAAAGACUUCCAAAACCCCUACGCAAACCAGAAGAGACAGCCUCACCCCGAUUACUAG